GAUCCGUUUAAGCCACCUUUUAAGCCACCUUUUGACUGGUGAAGGGAUUUCAGCAGUCUCUGCUUAACAUACUCUUCAGUUUGGUCCUUCUUUUCUUUCAGAAUCAUUUUCCCUUCUUAUACAUAGUAUAGACGUGUGGGUAUCUUGUAACUCAGUCGUAAAAUAGGUUACGGCAAACGGGUAAGAAACCUAACAUUAGCCAAAGAGCCUUCAGAUAUCGGUGAACGAGAAAAGUUUUCAACCGGAAACUUGGCUCCAAUAUGAGGCUCCUGCAAAGCCCAAUUCUCUCCCUUUUUCUUAUUUUUUUUGCUAUUCAAUCGGUGCGAGCGAAGCCGAAACAAUUAUAUGUCAAAUCGUUGACAACAUGUAUGACCGAUUCCCAGUUUUCCGCUUCGACACUAGAUGCUGUGUAUUACCCAGGUAAUACCUCUAUAUACUUUGACGUUUCAGCACGAUCUCUUGUGUCUAGUAAUGUAUCAAUCCACGUGAAUGUUAGCGCUUAUGGCUUUAAAUUAGAGAAAACGAUAGAUCCCUGUGACAUGAAUAUUGCCGGGUUUUGCCCUAUGCAGGCUGGAAACAUAAUCUUGCAAGGAAACCACGAUUUGACAGGUGAAGUAACAAAGUGGGUCAAUGAGCUUCCUAGCAUUGCCUAUACAGUGCCUGACUUGGAUGCAAAAGUUACCGUCAACAUGUACGAUACAAGUUCGAAUGAAAGGAUUGCCUGUGUGAAGACGAACGUCGAGAAUGGUCGCUCUGUGUACUAUCAUGCUGUGUAUUGGAUUCUGUGCAUGGUGAUCGGUGUUCCUUUGCUCUUGUUUCUGCUUUUAUCUCCCAUAUUUCAAACUCCAGCAAUGUGGGAAGUUUUCGAGAACAUGGUUGCGCUAUUCCAGUUUGCACAGCUGCAAGGUAUGUAUGCCAUGAUGGCGAGUCCUCUUCCAGGUAUUGUCUUUAGUUGGGGACGUAACUUCAUCUGGUCAAUGGGUAUUAUUAAAAUAGGGUUUAUGCAGGACGUGUUUACCUGGUAUGUAAAGUCUACUGGUGGUGACCCUUCUGUCCUCGUUGAAAUGGGUUCACAUGGCAACGUGGGUCUCGCAAAACGUGGGUUAGAUUCUGCAUCCCUCUUUUCCAAAAGGGAUUCUAGUUCAGGUUCCUCUUCAAGUUCUAAUUCUGGUACCAUAACCCUUCGUGGCAUCAGACGUCUCUCCUAUAUGAUGGGAAUUGAAACGACAAACUUUUUUAUUACCGGCUUUUCGUUCUUUAUAAUUCUCCUUGGGUUUACAUUAUGUAUCGCUAUAUUGUCUCGAAUCGUACUUGAGUUGUACUACCUUAUUGCUAAAGAUAGGGCACUAAAAAGACAACGUGCUCGUGAAUAUUGGAAAGCUAUUGCAAAAGGUGUUUUUUACCGGGCCAUCUUUCUUGGUUUCUGGCAAAUGAGUGCCUUAUGUAUGUGGGAAAUAUAUACACGUGACUCUUCAGCAUUGGCAUUCUUAUCUAUGUAUGUAAUUGUAGAUAUGGCUAUUUUAUUGCUAUACGCUUUUGCGCGUACUAUGCAAAUUAUUCGCAAGACUGGUGCUAUUUCAGAUCCGGAUGCAUUGUUCAACUUGUAUUCGGACACUCAGCAUUUGAUGCGGUGGGGCUUCAUGUACGUGAGCUACAGACAUCGCUUUUUCUUCCUGAGCUUUUUUUUGCUUAUUGUAAUUUUGAUAAGAUCGAUGUUUAUCGGUUUCGGUCAAGAUUCUCCGGUGGUACAAGGUUGUGCUAUGUUUGCCAUUAGUGUUGUGGUAUUUUUCUUUAUGGUCGUUGCUCGACCAUAUGCAACAAAGCAUUUAAAUAGCAUGCACAUUGGUAUUUCUAUCGUAAAUAUGAUUAGUGGUGUAUUUCUUCUAAUCAUGUGCAAAGCGUUCACGGUGAACGAACUUGCUCGUCAGGUUAUUGCCAUUGUGUUCUUCGCUAUCAACGCUAUUACCAUGUUGGUAUUAAUCGUCGGUAUCUUCAUUCGUAACAUCGUAGUAUUGUUACGAAGAACAAAGAAUGGUACUUAUUAUCGUAUCUUGGAUGAAUCUAAUGAAAAGAGUUCUUCUCUAAAAGAUUUUCCCAAGCAUCCAAGCUCUGAGAUGAAUGUUUUCCAUGAUCCAGGAUUUACAGGAACAACAUUGCGGGGCUCGACAGACUUGCGUACGACCGAUAAUCCAUUUUCGAGUCAUGACGAUUCCACGAACACAUAUUCUAAUUAUAAAUACAACUCCCCAUGGCAAGCUAUCGAAGAAGAUUCAUAUGCUAAAUUACACGGAACGAACACGAACGAAUUUUACAGGGAUCCUAGUGCCAUCGAAUCUUUAGGUUACAACGGAGGACAUCGACGAAGACCAUUGCCUGAGCCAUCUUUCUAUUAGUCUCAUUCUUCCCACUUUUUUAAUUUCAUUAUAAGAAGCGUAUGUAGCAAUACAAAGUGGAUUUAUAUAUUAAUAUAAAUCCAAUGCCGAGAUAUUUCGUUGAACUUGAAUGUGCAAGUUCACUAAGCCAAGAUGGAACCGCUCUAUGCAUUAUGAAAAAGACGGCAUACUGUCAGAUCUCGGAGAAGAAAACCCCUAAAUAGUUGAUACGAGCAUGAGUUUACCUUACUUAUUUAUUCGAAGGACAAUCAUUCUUUUCGUCAUAUUGCAUAUCUUUUGCUUAUAAGUUUUAUUUUUACGUUGUCAUUUCAAAAGAGAUUUAAGAAAACUUUUCGUGUUUUAUAUGAAUCUAUGUUUUAAGAUACUCUCUUUUUGUCCAGUUCCUGUUUUAAUUGUUUUUAUCUUAUCUUUAUCUUUAUUUUUAAAUGUAAAUACAAAUCUGAAUACCGUAUUUAAUAAACGAUAGAAUGGUUUUGUAAAGCUGUCAAGGACAGUAUAAGUAUAUAUUGGUGUACCGAGAAAGAAUUGUUUGGAGAACUAUUUCAAGAAUGGGGUGCAUUAAUUAACCAAGCGAUACAGUCCAACACUGAUAAAUCCUGUGGCUAAUGACAAUAGGCCUAACCGUUUUGUACGGUAAUGUGGGGUACUUUUGGGAAUCCUUGACUGCCAGUAGGCAUAAGCGCCAAGCCCUGUAAAUGCUGUAGCACCUAUGAGGCGACAGGGCAGACAAUCAUAGCGCUCGAACCUUGGAUCGUUAGGAUUAAUGCGAGAUUGCGGUUGUGAAGUAGACAUAAUAUAAACAACGAAAGACAAAAGGAUCUAUGGCAAGAACUUAAACAGAAUUAGAGUGAAUUGGCUACAGAAGAAACCUCAAGGAGAAUAGAAUAGACGAGUAAGUCGAGAAGAGCAGGACUAAGAAGCAAAAUGCCCUAGAUAACGGAAGUUUUCUAUUUAUUCAAGGGAAGCACGUUCUUAAUGACGAUACAGGAAGAAAGAGAAAACGAGGUAAGCUAUUACAGCAAAUAAAGAAGCAAGUACUCUGGGGUUUAGCCCAGACGUCGAAAAUCACACGAAUUUCGAUGGCUCAAAAAGCAAAAUGAAACAUAAAGCCGGUCUUCGUGUUUCUUUCAAGCAACCAAAAAUAAAGCUUGUCAAGGCUUAUUCAACACUAGGCUGUUUUGCAGGAUUCGGCCCAAACUUCUUGAUUGUUCUUUAGGGUUUGUUUACAUAUUUAACGAUUCGCUACGAAGUUGAAUCUUUCUCUUCUUUGUUUGCGCCUUGGUACCUUGUACAUCGUUGUACUUCAUAAAUGAAGAGCAACGAGUUCGGGGUUUCGAGAAGCCGAGAAGUGACUUAGUAAG